AUGGCUGGCAGCAACCGUGAUUUCGAUUUUACCUCGGUUGCGUCCGACGGUCUUUCCAUCUCAGCGUCCAAUCCGCCAUGGUAGAUAGACCCAGGCGAGAGAUUAUUCAAGAUAAUCCUAUUGGAAAGGGUCCGCGUCUCGUUCAAUUCGAUUCCCGAAGAUAAAAAGGCCCACGGAAUGCGGACGCAGGACAAUUUGACAAGGGAUAGCAAAUGCUCCGUUAAACAACUCCGGGAAGUCAUUCGCGGCUUUCUGAGAACGGCGCAAAACCUUACCGCUGGCGACCUGCUAUCUGAUAUGAAAGGUCGCGCCGUCGCCGAUGAUCCAGCCGAUGCCCUGAUCUGGGAUCAAGUCUACCGCGCCGUUAUCAAGUCCGCCAUGACAGAUCGAUCUCGGUCAGAGAUCAUUAGGGAUAACCCUAUCGGAAAUGGCCUUGCUGCCUUUCACGCAUCAUUCUAUUCGAUUUGCGACGAGAAGGAGGUGCCGCGCACCCCUGACGCGGUGGGCCAACUUGACCAAGAAGAUCUCCAAACCAUUGUCCUCCUCCUUUUUUCGACGCUACAGAUCCUUCCCGCCUCUCGUCUGCUCCGCUCCGGCGGUACAGGCAAAAACGUCCUCGGCGACAUUGCAAGACUCAAUUCGGCCGUUGCUUCCGACGACUUCGACCUCGACCGUAUCAAGCCCCUCCUGCGUGCAGCCCUUGCCGAUGAUCCAAACGAUGCCCUGAUCUGGGAUCAAGUCUACCGGGUCGUCGCCAAGUCCACCCCUCCUCCCCGCCUGGUGCCACCUGUACUAUCUUCCUUCCAGCAAACCCCAUGGCUACACAACACUGGCAGUUUCGCCAACUCCUCGGAAUACCGUCAAGAUGUGGAUAGGGUUCUUAGGUCGGAGCUUGGUCCGCUCUAUGUUGGGCUUCCUGGCGCCCGCGACGUUUUUUUCGGCCGCGUGGCAGGCCUACAUGCAGCUUCUGAGGCCGUCUUGAAGAAGUGCACUGAAGGCGACAAUCCACUUUUUGGCAGCGAAGGGUGGCGCGGAUGGCCGUCAGAUGCAAAGGAAAGCGACGUACUGGCCUGGUUUGACGAUAUAAUCCCAAAACCACUGGCACAGCCUAAUAAGCCGAUUCAGGGUUCAACAGGAGAGCGGAAGCUGGACAUCGGCUUGGUCGACAACCCCGAGGCCGGAAAAGAUUCAAAAUAUCACUGGUCGCAUAUCCUUGUGCCUGGAGAGCUCAAGAGCAACCGCUCUGCUGACAAAGCCUCAAAGGCAUGGCUUGAUCUGGGGAGGUACGCGAGAGAAGUCCUCGCAGCCCAAGACACCCGGCGAUUUGUUUUGGGCUUCACUCUCUGCGGACCUCUCAUGAGGUUAUGGGAGUUUGAUCGGCUAGGCGGGAUCGCAUCCGAAAAGUUCGACAUCAACGAAGAUGGGCUGGGGUUUGUUACCACGAUUCUUGGCUUUCUGUGGAUGAGCGAGGAGGAGCUUGGCUUCGAUCCUACCGUGGUCACGGCAGAGGGCCAGCGGUUCAUUGUGAUCGAGCGGGACGGCCGGACAGAGCGUCUCAUCAUUGACGAGCUGAUGACGCGUGUCCCUUGCGUCGCCGGCCGCGCGACAACUUGCUGGAGAGCGCACCGCGAAGAAGACCCAAAGACAAAACUGGUAAUCAAGGACUCAUGGCAGUAUACGGAGCGCGAGGAUGAAGGGGACCUGCUCCAAGAGGCAACCGAGAAGGGUGUGGUCAACGUAGCCCGAUACUACCACCACGAGACUGUUCAAGUCCAUGGCACGGAUGACGAUAUUCGGAGCAACGUUCGCGGAGGACUGGACAUUACAGCAGCUACGAAUUAUCGGCCGGAACGCUCGAUGCCGCUUCCGAACACAAUCGUGUCUGGUGCUUCGCGGAGAGGCCGCAGCAGUAGCGGCACUGCUGGCAAGAAGCGAUCAUCUAGCCGAAUUGGCGCCACUCUCCCCCCCAGCAAACGAUCCUGUUCGGCACCCCCAACCAAGGUUAGCGGCGACGGAUUAUCGAACCGUGUGCACCGACGUGUCAUCCUCCGUGACUAUGGAAAUCCCAUUUACAAGGCAAGCUCUCGGUCGGCUCUCCUUGCCGCGCUCGAGGGUUGCAUCCAGGGACACGAGUCCUUGCUCAAGGCUGGAUUCCUUCAUCGGGACAUUUCCAUCAACAAUCUGAUAAUCAACGAGGAUGACAACCUCUGCUGGCCCUCCUUUUUGAUCGAUCUCGACCUCGCCGUACGAGAGACACGAGAGGGCGCCUCUGGAGCAAAGGGCAAGACAGGCACGCGGGCGUUCAUGGCAAUUGGGGCGCUUCUAGGCGAGCAGCACUCAUUCAUGCACGACCUUGAGUCGUUCUUCUGGGUGCUGUUUUGGAUAUGCAUUCACUACGAAGGGUCAGAUGAGGGCAGAGUCAUUCCUGAGUUUGACCAGUGGAAUUACAUCAGCAUGGAAUUGUUGGCAAAGGAGAAAAAGGGACAAGUGUCUCAUGAACAGGAUUUUAUUAAAUCCGCAGAGGAUAAUUUUACGUCACACUACCAGCCAUUGAUACCUUGGGUUAACCGACUACGGAAAGCAGUAUUUCCGAAUGGUGGGAGAUGGGAAACAGAGGAGAUAGGAUUGUAUGCUCAGAUGAGAGGAAUUAUCGAGGAAGCCCGCAAAGAUUCAAAGGUCAUCCUCGAGUUCGUCGAUGCGGUCUUGGAUAUAGCGCCUUUGCAACGGAUUUUGGAGAAAAGCUCCGUUUCCGCCCGCCAGACUAAGAGCAAAAGUCUCAAUUGUUGCAACGGGAACUUGAGAUUAGUUAACGUUUCAUUCACAUAUCCAGGGUUGGAUAAACCAGUUAUCAAUGGGUUGGAUGUAAUAUUUCGGCCAGCUACCAAAGUCGCAGUUAUGGGGCCGAGCGGAGCUGGAAAAACGACUUUAUUAAAGCUCUUAAUGCGGCAUUUGUCGCCUAGUAACGGCUUUAUCUUGGUCGACGGUCAAAAUAUUCAAAACAUGGACAAGACUUCGUUUCACAAACAUGUUGGUAUAAUGCCGCAAAUACCUUAUAUAUUCAACACUACAAUAAUGGAAAAUAUCAUGGUCGGGAACGCAAGUGCCACGAUCGAGGAGGUGUACGAGGCUUGCCGAAAUGCCACAAUUCACGACUCUAUUAUGGCUCGACCUGACGGAUAUAAAACCGAAAUAGGGGAGCAAGGGGGAUCACUUUCUGGCGGUGAAAAGCAGCGCAUCGAGUUAGCCCGUCUAUUUUUAAAGCGGCCCAAAAUUGCUUUAUUAGAUGAGCCAACAGCCAACCUUGACGAAAAAACUGAAACUCAAGUGCUGUGCAACUUGUUUAGUCAGUUUAGCAAUGCUACAAUUAUCAUGGUUACGUAGGUGC